AUGGUGUCUCUAUCACCCGUCCACUACGCAAUUCGUCAACCCUGCCGCCUCUUGCGGCACGAAUCGCGGACUAUUGUCUCUAACGCGCCACGUCAGCACAGCAACUUGGGUCUCUCGCUGAGUCCGCUCACCUCAAUCGGCCCGUCUCCUUCCUUCCCACAUGAAUACUCCCGCAUUUCCUCUCGCCGUGACUCUCGCGUCGUCUCUUCAAACGAAUCACCGCCGCGAAUUGCGUCUCAACGCUCGCCUAAAAAUCGAGACUCGUCGUUGCGCGUGCGCGCAGCAGCGGAGCGUGGCGCGAAGACAGCACAGCAGUCCGACUCGGCUGCUAGGGAGAGCGUCGAUGUGCUUAUAGCGGGCGCUGGCGUCGCGGGACUAGCCACGGCUCUCGCUUUACACCGCGUGGGCAUUGACGUGGCAGUGGUGGAGCGGGCGCCGGGUCUCGGCCAAUCAGGAACGGCGCUGAGUCUGUGGGGCAACGCUUGGCGCGCUUUGGACGCGCUGGGGGUGGCGGCGCUGCUGCGGACAGACUACGUGCGGCUGGAAGGCGUUGACAUUGCAGCAGCGGACGGCACGGCGCUGCGCUCCUUUGACUUCGCUGACUGCAAUGUGGGACCCGAUCACGAGGUGAGGGGGGUCACCCGCGCGCACCUGCUCUCCUGCAUGGCCUCCCAACUGCCACCUGGCACCAUCCGAUUCGCCACCACAAUUUCCCACAUCCCAGAACCCACCGCCACCGCCACUGCCUCCCCUAUGGCUGUGACUCUAUCCAACGGUGCCACUAUCGAAGCCAAGACUCUCAUAGGCGUUGUAUCUCUCAUGCCCAUCGCCCUUCUCUCUACUCCUCUCUUGACAUCAACCAUUCUCCCUCUCAUUCCCCUCUUCACCCCGGGCCCCAUCCGCUUCCCCUUCCCCCCACCCCAUUCGCACUUCCCCAUUCGCACUUCCCCAUUCGCACUUCCCCAUUCGCGCUCCCCAUUGGCACUUCCCCCAUCAGGAUCAGCAGCAGCCAAGGAGGAGGCUCUCUCCUACGUGCAAGGCUGGCAGGGCGGCAUCGAGCGUCUUAUUCACGCCACGCCGGCCACCAGCAUCGUAGUCGGCACCAUCACAGACCGCUGGACGAUGCCGCCCCCUCUGGGCACAUGGGGACGAGGCGCCGUCACUCUGGCCGGCGAUGCCGCCCACCCCAUGACUCCGAACCUCGGCCAAGGCGCAUGCACAGCCUUGGAAGAUGCAGUCAUCUUGGCUCGGUGCCUUUGGGAGGCUUCCGAGCCAGAUGAGAGGCACGGGAAAGGGAGCGGUGGAGUGGAGGAAGGGGAGGACGGGGCGAGUGUGCGGAGGAGGAGGGUGGAGAGUGAGAAGGUGUGUGGAGCAUUGAGGGAGUAUGAGAGGUUGAGAGGGAGGAGGGUGGCACAGCUGACAGUGCGAUCGUUUGGCAUAGGGUGGUUGCUGCAGUUACCCCAGGAGGCGGUGUGCUUUGCGCGGGAUAAAGUGGUGCUGCCGCAUCUCUUCUCGCCCUCGCAUUUCCUCGACCAUGCGCUCUUCGAUUGCGGCAAGCUGCCAGACAGCGAUGCCUCCUAA